UCGCGGGAGGGGAAGUGUUGCGUCCUUGCUUGUUCGCGGCCAUGGCCCUGCUCCGAGGUGUAUUCAUUGUUGCUGCUAAGCGAACACCCUUUGGAGCGUAUGGAGGGCUUCUGAAAGACUUCACGGCGACCGACUUGACUGAAUUUGCUGCCAAGGCUGCUUUGUCCGCCGGCAAGGUCGCACCUGAGACCAUUGACAGUGUCAUUGUAGGCAAUGUCAUACAGAGUUCUUCAGAUGCUGCAUAUUUGGCCCGGCAUGUUGGUUUGCGUGUGGGAGUCCCAAAAGAGAUCCCAGCUCUGACUGUUAACAGACUCUGUGGCUCUGGUUUCCAGUCCAUUGUGAGUGGAUGUCAGGAAAUUUGUGUUAAAGAUGCUGACGUUGUCUUGUGUGGAGGAACUGAAAGCAUGAGCCAGUCUCCCUACUGUGUCAGAAACAUACGUUUUGGAACCAAGUUUGGAUUAGAUCUCAAGCUGGAAGAUACUUUGUGGUCAGGAUUAACAGAUGAGCAUGUCCGACUCCCCAUGGGAAUCACUGCAGAGAAUCUUGCUGCAAAACAUAAUAUAAGCAGAGAAGACUGUGACAAGUAUGCCCUGCGGUCACAGCAGAGGUGGAAGGCUGCUAAUGAUGCUGGCUACUUUAAUAACGAGAUGGUACCAAUUGAGGUGAAGAUGAAGAAGGGGAAACAGACAAUGCAGGUGGACGAGCAUGCUCGGCCCCAAACAACCCUGGAGCAGUUAAAUAAACUCCCCCCGGUAUUCAAGAAAGAAGGAACCGUGACCGCAGGGAACGCCUCGGGGGUAUCUGAUGGUGCUGGAGCUGUUAUCAUAGCUAGUGAAGACGCUGUUAAAAAACAUAACUUCACACCACUGGCAAGAAUUGUGGGCUAUUUUGUGUCUGGAUGUGAUCCUUCUAUCAUGGGUAUUGGUCCUGUCCCUGCCAUCAAUGGGGUACUGAAGAAAACAGGGCAAAGUCUUAAGGACAUGGAUUUGGUAGAGGUGAAUGAAGCUUUUGCUCCUCAAUACUUAGCAGUCGAGAAGAGUUUGGAUCUUGACCCAAGUAAAACCAAUGUGAAUGGUGGAGCCAUUGCUUUGGGUCAUCCCCUGGGAGGAUCUGGAACAAGAAUUAUGGCGCACCUGGUUCACGAAUUAAGGCGUCGGGGCGGGAAAUAUGCUGUUGGAUCAGCUUGCAUCGGAGGUGGCCAAGGCAUUGCCGUUAUCAUUGAGAGCAUGGCCUGAGGGGCAGGGGGCCCAGCGAGGCCCCCUCGUACUGUGCUGGCUCAGGCCGCAGCAGGGCAGGUGGCCUUCGGAGCAGCUGCGAAACCAGACGUGCCCUCUACCGCAAGUGGCUGAGUGUGAUUAAGGGAUAAUGAGGCAAAGAUGUAUUUCUACACAAAAAUCCAACUACAGAGGCCUUAAAAGAAAUUGUAUUCUCUUGCCACGUAAUUACCACGUAUGCCUUAGAUACUAUGAUUGCAAGAAAAAUGGAAUAAAUACUGCUUUAACUUCA